AUGUCCAUCGUUAGGUGUGAGCUGGAUAAGUACCUAUCCCCCCAAGUCCUGAUGCCCCCCCCAGAGCUGUCCAGCUCCAGGCGGGACAGUGUGUCCGGGGUGGACCAGUUCUUCAGCGAGGACCAGGGGGGCCCGGCCUGCUCCCCUUACAGCAUCAACAUGAACGUCUUCCUGCCAGACCUAGCCUACCUGAGGAUGGGCCUGUGUCGGACCACCCGCCCCCACCACAGCCAGGUGAAGACGGAGGCCUCCUCGCUCUACUCCCCCCACCAACACCCCCCCACACGCUCUGGGAGCGGGGUGGGCGCCAUCGCUACCGGAACCUCGGCAGCCAUUGACAGCGUCCUUGCCGGCCUGCCGGAGUUCACUAGCGUGUUCAGCCAAUCGGGCUGCAGCGGGGAGCCAUGUGACCCGGCGGGGGGCGGGGCAGGUGUACGUAAAGGAGGAAAUGACUUUGUUUGAGCUUCCUGCCACGACGGUUCGCUGUUCCAGCUGCUGAGUACGGACCUGGACUCGUCCUCCGCCUCCCUGCAUCACCACGGCAACCAGACAGAUGCUCAUCACCAGCGCAUGGGGUCAUCACCGAUGGCAACCUUUCACGACCUUCAGUUAGCCUCUCAGGGACAACUGACUGGCAAGUCUUACAGCAGCCUGCACUACAGCCACUCGCAACCCCCAGCACCCACACACCCUCACACCCCCGCGCACACACACCCUCACACACAGUUCUUCCAGCAGCAGCAGCAGCAGCAAGCUCCAGCCCCCUACCUGCCCCCCUCCCCUCCCAGCUCAGCAGGCAGCCCUCACAGACAGACGGAGCUGCUGCUAAACCUCCCCCCACCCUCCUACGCUGCCACCAUUGCCUCCAAGCUGGCUGUCAACAUCCCCAGCCUCUCCCCCAGCAGCGCAGCCCGGCCGCCAGCUUGGCCUACUCCAGCCCCAGGCUCCAGCCCUGCUCCAGGCCAGGCCCAGGGCCAUUCCGCCAUGCCUGUACGAUACAACCGCAGGACCAACCCAGACCUGGAGAAACGUAGGAUACACCACUGUGACUUUCCAGGCUGUAAGAAGGUGUACACCAAGUCCUCCCACCUGAAGGCCCACCUGAGGACUCACACGGGUGAGAAGCCAUACAGGUGUACCUGGGAGGGCUGUGACUGGCGGUUUGCGCGUUCGGACGAGCUCACCCGUCACUACAGGAAGCACACAGGCGCCAAGCCCUUCCAGUGCUCCGUGUGCAGCCGAAGCUUCUCGCGUUCCGACCAUCUGGCCCUGCACAUGAAGAGACACCAGAACUAACACACAAAAACACACACACACACACUCCUACCACCUAACCAUUCACCUAACAUCAUGUUGGUACAUGGUUAGUAGACAGGUUCGGCAAGAUACCAGUCUGGGGAUGACAGGGAUGUCAACCCUUUAACCAGAACCACACCCUACAGGAAUCACACACACACAUAUGUAUACACGCACACACUAACAGACGCACACUUGCAGGUAGAUAACAACACUAUUUCAUUCACUGACCUACACACACAGAAAGCACUUGACCCAGCACCCAGCUACAGAGACGAAUCGGUUCACGCCUCCAUGUUUGUCGAACUGAAAUGACAAACAGGAUUGUGAAAAUCUCUUAAUUUGCACUAGAACUCGUCAAAAUAUGUGAUUUGGCUCAUCUGAUACCUAGAGCACUGCGAUCGCCAUCUUCGUUAUUACCCGUGAACUGCAUGCUCCUCUUCCUCCACUUAGGAAGUAGGCUGGGACUAGAAUGGAUACAGUGUUUUGACUCGCACCACUCAAACUUGAACAGAGGACUCAUUCUAGAACACAGAAGUCGUCAAGACACACAAGAGAUGAGCCUAGAGCACAGGACUCAUCAUUUCUAGAACUUACAGGGUGUACUACUGUACUUGCGGUUGUGUUAAGCUCUUCCUAUUUAUUGGCUUGUGCUAGUGAGGUGGGCUUUGAUCCUCUCCGCUCUCUCCAACUGAAAUGCCUUAAUGUAAAUAUGUAAAUACGUAAAAGCAUCUGGCUUGAUUUGUUUAUGUUUUUUGUUUCUUUUUGUCUUUUUCUCAUAUUUUUUUGUAACAAACGGGCAAAUGUAUAAACCGCCCUGCAUCCAAAGUGAUUGAGUUUAUAUUUUUUUGCAAAGGAUAUUUUGAUGCUAUCGUUUUUUAUUGUAAUUACAAAAUUGAACCAGUUAUUUGUAGAUUCCAUUUGUUAAAAGAAAAAUAAUCUCUCGAAGACAAUAGUUGUGUAAUUCAACUGAGUUAAAUAAAUCUUAAUAAAAUCAAGUUGACUUUCCAGUU